AUGCAUUCGCCAAUGUCAAGCCUCGACCAUUGGUGGUGGCGCUUCCUAGAGAACCACGUCUACCGCAUCCCACCACCGCCGAAGCGCAAGCGCACGAAGCCGAUGCAAGUUCUCUGCGUCGGUCCGCCGCGCAGCGCUACCGAGUCCCUGCAGCAGGCUCUACUUGCGCUCGGGUACGAUCAUACCUAUCACGGCUGGGAUAUCGUCUACGACGACCCGCCGAUUCCUGCUACGGGAUGGGUGAAGCUUGCUCGGAAGAAGUGGUACGGCGGUGGCGGGUCAUCCUCGCCGAAACGCAAAGGAGGCAAAGAGAUUGAUGACACAUCAUCAGAAGGCGACUGCCAGAUCACAGCCGAGGAAUUUGACGAGCUGCUGGGCCACUGUGUCGCGGUGACGGACGCAGCGGCGAGUUGCUUUGCGGCGGAGAUGAUCCGAGCGUACCCCGAGGCCAAAGUUGUGCUCAAUGUGCGGCGGGACCUUGACUCGUGGCAUAAGAGCGCGGUCAAAACGCUGGUUCACGUGAACGAGAGCUGGAGCUUCUGGGUGUCGAGUCUGUUGGAUCGAGAGGCGUUUUGGGCGUGGCACGUGUAUGAGAGGUUCUUGUGGGCCUUGUUCUUCCGCGCGCCGGAUGGCGAUAUGGCGAGAGCGAUUAGGAGGAACGGCAAGUGGGUUUAUCGUGAACACUGCGACAUGAUCCGAGGCAUGGUGCCCGCUGACCGAUUGCUCGAGUGGUCCGCUGAUGAAGGAUGGGAGCCCCUGUGCAAGUUUCUGGGUAAGGAGGUGCCCGAUGUGCCGUUCCCGCACGCGAAUGCCGCUGGGCCUGGGGGCGGGUGGAAGGCGAGGGAGGAGAUGGCGAUUAAGAGGUGGGUUGAGGGGGUAUUGACGAAUUUGAUACUGUUAGGGAUUUUCUUUGUGGGAGGGUGUGCUGUCUGGAUCAAGUAUGGGAGGUGA